CCGCCGAGCGCCGACUAUUGAAAUGAAAAUAUCAGUGUAAUCUACUCCUGCCUGUGUUUCCUUACGCAGAGAGAGCGACGAGAGCUUCAAGUCUGUGACUGUUGCAAAUAGAAAGACGGUGACCACAACCGACAUGGCCUUCUCAACCUUCACAAUCUACUCUCGAAACCUUCCUUUCCUCUCUUCUCUUCACAGGGACCGACCAUCCCCUUCUUCAUAUCCAGUCUCACUCGCAAUUGCAAACCCUAACAAACCUGCUCUCCCGCUUUGUCUAGCCGUCAACGAGAGACGCUCUUCUUCUACUUCUACUUCUACUUCUUCAAGUAACAAGACGAAGAAGAAGAAGAGGAAGAAGGACAAAGACAAUUUGAGCGAUUUUGAGAUUGUGGGGAACGUUGCCCUAGAUGAUGAUGAUGAUGUCGCGUCUUCUUCUACUUCGGAGUCAAGAAAUUCUUCUACUUCUUAUCAUUCGACGCCUUUGCCCAAUCCGCCGGCGGGGUUUGUGGUGGAUGAUCAAGGGAAAGUUGUCAUGGUUUCCAACAAACGGAUUGUUACCAUUGUUGAUUCAACAAAUAAUUAUCCAUUAGAGUGCGUCAUAAGGAGAGUGUUCAGGAGUUCACAAGGUGAUGAAUGUAUGCUGCUCUGUCCCGUCGACACUCCUGUCCAGAUCUUAAAGAGCACAAAUGUUGUUGGGUGGUCAGCUGUCAGUGAUGAAGAAGUUGAAGCUAUUCUUCCCAAUGUUGCUUUUGCUCUUGCCAAGAUACAUAUGCAUUUAGUAUAUAGCGGGUUCUGUUAUACAGCUCGUGGGGGGUUUUGCUAUUCAGAAGAUGACAUAUUUGAUUUCCGCACAGAUAAUGGACAAGAUGUAGAUGGGCUGCCAUCUGAAGGUGUAGAAAUUACGUGCUUCAAUCUGGAUGGUGCCCACUACAUGAUUUAUACACCAUCUGAUCCGCUUUUAUUUGUCGUUGUUAAGGAUCAAAAUGGGCUUCUGCAAAUAGCUGAUGAUGACUUACUGGAUGACCCUGCUAUCAUAAGUGCCAUAGAUGAGGAAACUGAAUUUAAUGCCCUAGUGGAGGAAGAGGCUGCUCUCCUAGAUUCAUUACUGGGAAAAACAUAACUUACUGGUCAAAUUGCCAGAUUGUAUCCUCUUUCAGGGCUCUCUGGAGUAGUAAUCAAGUGAAAGGUUCAGGAAAAGGAACUUGCGAACCUAAAUAUUCUUGUGUAUAUAAGAAUUUUUUUGUUAGCUUGUCAUAUUGAUUGGUUUUUUGUGUGAAUUCAACUUCACAGUUAUUUAAUCUGGUUUGGUUUGUGUUCA